AUGGGGCGCUGUUCCUGUCUGACUAAGUGCGUUAGCGAAGUGAUCUUGAUCGCGAUCAACUGUAUACUAGCACUGGGCGGCGCGCUAGUGCUUUACGUCGGGAUAUACUUAAGGCAUACGGGCUGGGUGGACGUGAUCGAGGGCUAUUGGUCUCCGAUUGACAGCAUCGUGACUGCACUGAUCGUCAUUGGUGCUGUCAUCAUUGGGUUGGCAUUGUGGGGAUCAGUUGCGGCAUUAUGUCGCUGGCGCUUCGGACUGUGCAUCUACGCGAGUGUGAUGCUUCUCGUCUUCAUUUUGUUUGUGAUAGUGGCCGUGUCAGCUUUCCUGCUACGACAUCGUGCCAACGACUGGGAAGACUCGACGUAUCCGGCCAGUAGUGAUGAGGAAUCCGUUAAAGAAAAGUUCGAUCAAGCGUACUGUUAUGCGCAAGGCGAGUUCAUCUGCAACCAGGCUUCAAUCUCAGACGCGCUCACGAUGUUUAUCCCCACACUCGACUCGUCCGUUGCUUCGGUCUUUGAGAACAUGACUGGGGGAGUCAACACCCUCUGUGACGAGUACUUGAGCGACUACGAUGUGCUCUCGAGCGUGUGUGACGGCUGCGAGCAAGCGCGACAGUUCAAGGACUUUUCAUCGGUGGUCGACUGGGCGAACGACAAAUGCCCUAGAUCUGCCGAUACAAUAAUAUGGUGUGGAGUUUUCCUCGGCACCGGAGACACCAACAGCUCGUCCGGUACGGCUCCUUAUUCCGAAUGCCGCACAGAGUUUCUGAACCUCGUGGAGAAGUACACGCUUUGGCUCGGCGUUGGAAGCAUCAUCGUGUGCGCCGGGUCUCUCAUGGUGAUCACCUUCGCUUGUAUCUUGCGGCGACGCGAUCGGCGCCCCGCCUCGCCAGAAAUGCAUUCGGCAUAUGGACGUUUCUAG